AUGAUCGACGAGAUCAAGAACGACAGGAGAUUUGACUUUGGAGCCGCAGCAAGCGAUGACAACCACGCAUACAUCCCUGGAUUCGGCGCUCUUAUGCAUGAUCCUGUAAUGCCAAAGGUCAUCGGACGACACUUGACCAAGGCCUUGGUGCUUCCAGCAGCGCUUGGAGCAUCGGCUAAUCAACUACUCCAAGAAUGGCAUAUUCUAAACGUCAACGAGGAUAUUUCGACUAUUGUUUCACGCAUGUCCUCCCGAGUAUUUAUGGGCGAGGACCUUUGCCGAGACCAAGGAUGGAACAACGCCAGUGCUUACUACACUAGGAAGACAUUCAAGGCUAUGAUGAUUCUCUGCGUCAUUCCCCGGUGGCUGCGGCCGUACAUCCACUGGGUUCUUCCCCAAUGCCGAGAGGUUCGACGAGCAUUGGCUGCUGCCCGUAAGGAACUCAAUCCUCAUAUUGAGCGUCGAGAGAGAACCAAGGCUGAGGCUCUGGCAAGAGGUGAAGAACCUCCCUUCGAUGAUGCGAUUGAAUGGUUUGCUCAGUCAGGAUCUGAACUACCACCUGCUGAUUGCCAAAUUGCGCUGACCCUUGCUGCCAUUCACACGACCACGGAUUUACUAUCGCAAACAAUGGUUAAUAUCGCUACCUAUCCUGAAAUCUUCACAGCUUUGAGAGAAGAGAUCACCCGAGUUCUGUCAGAGCAAGGUCUAAAGAAGACGGCGUUGGCUGAUCUCAAGUUGAUGGACAGCUUCUUGAAAGAGACGCAACGAAUGAAGCCGAUUCUUAUAGGGUGGAGAAGAAGGGCUCUAGCAGACGUUACGCUCUCCAAUGGAAUGACGGUGAAAAAAGGUAACAAGGUUGUAGUCACGGCUAUUCACAUGUGGAGUGAUGGGAACUACAACAACGCCAAGACCUUUGACCCUUGCCGGUUUGUUCCAAAGGACAAGGAACAGAUGUCUUACUUGGUCAACACGAGUGCAAACCACCUUGGAUUUGGUCAUGGAACACACGCUUGUCCAGGACGCUGGUUUGCCUCCAAUGAAGUCAAGAUUGCACUUUGUCACCUACUUCUAAAGUACGAUUGGAAGCUUGUCGAUGGGAAAGUACCCGAGCCGGUGGCCUUUGGAAUGGCCUAUGUGGCUAAUCCGGAAGCAAAACUUCUUAUUCGAAGACGGAAGGAGGAGCUUGACUUGAGUAUGCUGGAGUAUUGA